AUGUCCACAGCGAAUACGAUAUUAGUGUUAGAUGAAAUCUUUGCGACUUUUGGAUAUCCGAAAUACUUAGUAUCGGAUAAUGGAAGAACGUUUAUUGCUAAGGAGUUCAAAAACUUUUUAGAAAAGCGAGGUGUUAAAUUAAAAUUAACAGCACCUUACCACCCAGCGACAAAUGGACAAGCCGAAAGGUUUGUUCAAACGCUUAAAAAUUCACUAAAGCGCAUGUGUAGUACAGGAGUCAACGUAGAAACAAAACUACAAGAAAUGUUAAUACAGUACCGUACAAUGCCACAUUCAGUAACCGGGAAAUCGCCGGCAGAAUUGUUUCUAGGGAGGCAAAUUCGAAAUCGACUACAACUCAUUUUCCCAGAAAAACAUAAAGAGAAAGUUCCGUUCUCUGGUAGUUUUUUUAAAGAGGGGGAAAGAGUGAGCUGCAGAAAUUACAUAGGCAUGAAGAAAUGGAAAUUUGGUAGGAUUAGUAGUAGAUUAGGCGAGUGCAAUUUCGAAAUAAAGUUGGAUAACGGUCAAAUUUGGCGUAGACAUGUAGAUCAAAUGCGUAAGAUCGGUCAAAAUACCCCGGUAGUUGAAAGCAAAAUUAAAGAGCAUGUGUUGAGCUAG